AGGUUAUAGAACUGGGAAUGGUACCAGGCCAAGUACCACAACCGGUGUAUGCUGCACUGAAGAAUGGCACUUUCAUCGAUAAUAUCGAUGCAUUUGAUCUUGAACAAAUCCAACCAUUCCUGCCAUCACUUUUGCUUUGCUCAUUUUCAUCGGCUUGCAACUCAACGGAUGAAUCAUUGGAUCAGCUCCGACGCCGUUUACUGGAGUUUCCGCAGUGCAAUUCGUUGUUUCAAAUUCUAAAUGCCGACGUUGUGGCUGUAGAAAAUGAUUUGAUUAAAGCAACGGCGGAGGAUAUUGAAAAUAUUCGUAAAGUACCUUUUGAAACCGCGCCGCCACAAAUGAAACUCAAAAUCGUCGCAUUCCUACUUGAUCGAAUUACAAGAAAUGUGAAUAAUGCAGCGGAUUUGGAUAUCUUUGAACAGGAAUCAACACUAGAAGAAGUUGUAUGUGCGAUGACUGUAUGUGCCUUGUAUAUGCCAAAUCGUUUCGAUCCCGCCUUAAUCGUUCAUCCCUUAUUGGCAAUACCUAAUGUUGUAACUGUGAUCACUAUGCUAAUAUGUAAUGUCAGCGACUCAUUGGAAUCCACUGUUGAUUACCUAUUGAGGGUUCAGUUGCUGGAUGAUGAUAAUGUUAUCAGCAAAAACAGAAACAACUUACUUCUAAAGCUGCUUUCUAUAGAUCCAUAUCUUGUUGAACCAAGCAUCUCUCAACUGCUGGAUACAAACACCUCAAAUGGCAAUAGUUUGGCACUGAUGUUAAUCUGUGUUUGUUUAACUAGCUCUCAGUUGAUAAACAAUUUACUUUGUGCUUUGCUAAACAAGCGUUCCUUAGCUGUCUUUAUUCACCGAUCAUCUGACAAACCGGCUGUGAAACUUCUACGCGAUCGAAUUUCCGAGGCUAUAAGUGCAUUUUCGUCUAGUACGAUGAAUGAUGGUAGUGAAGCAGCUUUAGCUCAGUUAUUGGCGGUUCUUCGUAUUAAUGCUAAUAUGCGCCUGAGUUAUGAUGAAACAAAUUCUUGGUUGCUCUUUCUUACUCGAACAGAUUUGGAUGAUGAUCGAUAUAUAAUGACAGCAUUAUCUGUUAUCAUUGCUUGUCCACAGUUAAUACCGUUGCAUCUCGGUGAUGAGAAAGAAGUGGAAGCUUCAAUUAUAGCAUUUUUGGAUUGGCUUAAACAGCGAGCUUCAUCCAAUGCUUCUCCAACUUUACAACAAUUUUUCAUAUUGUUAUCAAUUCACUUGCAUGCUGGACAAAGUGAACAGCUUGCCGCUCUUAUUUCUAGUGUCCUUGCCUUUAAGGUUACCGUAAAUGUACGAAAUCUUACAACGCUGAAGAAUUUAUUCUUGCGACAUGCCAUGACUGAACGUGAUAUAGCAGAACGGGCUUCGCAAAUGCCCGUCACUCGUUUCCUUAGUUCUCAUCAUCAAGGAUUUCUUCCAGCUCAUUGCGUCACCCAGUUACUUUCCACUAAUUCAUUCUCAAAACAUUCUGUUCCUAUCCAGGAUUGGAUUGGUGCACAGAUAACAAACUGUGCUACACCGUUACAUCCUGUGGUAACAGAUUUGUUAAACGCUUAUGCUGCAAGCUGUUUUGCUAGUACUGAAUCAAGUUCUGCUAAUCGUCCAUUAUCGGAGGAAUUCGUAUUGAACAUAUUUAAUGGCGAAGUCAUUGAUGAAAACAAAAUGGUACCGCGCUUGCUUACAUUUUUCUUCAUUCUCUGUUACCGAAAAAGCUUCGAAAGCCAUACGCAGAAGAGGACUGUUCAACACUUUUAUAGCAUCAAAAUCGAAGCAGUCAUACCGGUACGAUUCCUGCUGAAUGUUGUUGAAACUCGACCAGAACAUUUUCGUGCCAUUCGGUCACCAUUAGUUUAUUUAUGCGGCCUCUAUUAUCCAUAUAUGCUUCCAACCGUAGAUUCGCUACUGUUAUCUGUGGAUGAUGAGCUGAGGAAUCCUGAAAUCAAAACUGCCUCUGGGGGAGUCCCAUUGCCGACAGGUUUAUUGUUGAAAGCUUUCGAUAGAAUUGAUAAAAAUCCUUCAAAUUCCAUGCGUCUUAUACGUUUGUUGCAAAAAAGCACACUGCGCGAACAGGUGCAAGCGAUGGACGCUGUUGUACAUGCCAUGGUCAUCGCUCUCAAUUCAUCCACACCAGUGUCUUUUGUAAAUGGAGUAGUAGCGAUUUGGAAACGUCUGGAAAAUGUUGUCCCGAGAUCACUUUGUGAAGCUACAGUUUGUGCUUGGUCUACUGAUGAGUUGAAUCAUGAUGUGCUGGUUGAGCAACCACUGUUUUUGUUUCGAUGCGAUGAACGAUUAUUCGAAAAUGAUAUCUUAUUCCCAUGUUAUUUACGUAUUCUUUCGUUCUAUUUAUCUGCGAGUCGCACAUACUUGUUGCAGAAGCUACAAAUAAACCAAAAUGGAAGAGAUGAUCAACGAGUGGAACGUGAGGAACUAACGCGCUCAUUAAUCGGAGCACAGGAUUCAGCUGUUGUACAAAUUUUAUUAGAGAUAUGUGGUCGUUUCAAGAAUAUCACUGUCCAUCGCCUGUGCUGUGCACAUAUUCAUCAAAUGUUCAUUGCCGAUCCCGUCCUCUCUAAAUUGGUUCACUUUCAGGGUUACCCCCUGCGACUAAUUCCUCUAGCUGUACGGGAAAUACCAUCAAUGCAUAUUUGCCUGGAGUUUGUGCAUGAAAUUUUAGCAUUGGCGGAUAUUUCAAAGCGUGUGUUUGCCAUUGUUCUUAUUUCUGAGCUGGCACAGCAGUACAAAAUAGAAUCAUCAUUUAUUCGUGUGGAGCUGUUACUCGAUGUUUUAACAACAUUAUCACGUGCUCUGACUACCGAUGAAAAUUUACGUCUGUUAUCAAGAGCCGUACCAUCGCUUGGUCGCAUGAUGUCACUAUUUCCGCAAAUAUCAGCUGAUAUUGCGCAUUUGUUAAUACGGAUUUCCUCCAUUGCCGCCUCACGUGUAGCAGUUUCAGCGACUGUGUUGAAAACUGAAUCAUGUAUGGAAAGACGUUUAAUCACGCUUAUAAACAAUAUUCUUUGUGAAGCUGCGUCUGAUAUGGCUGCUCUAUCCGUGAAAUCUUAGUAGUUAAAUAAGUUAUCUGAGUUUAUUAAAACUGAUAUCAAAU